GAAAGUUGUUGUCGAAUACGAGAAUGGAUAUAUGGAUGAAACGUGAGAAGAAUUACGUUCGAGUGCACCAAAGGAAAGAGAUAAGAAAAGUUACGACGGAAUUUCAAAUUUCUCAAAGAUCUCCCUUGAUAGAUGUUCUUUCACGGUGGUGUCAGUGAAACGAUUCUUUUCAAAGAAUGGCGAACGACAGAUUGGAUUGGCAUGGGUGGUUCCAUGAUCGGAAUUAUUCUGCUUACGAUGAUUUACGAAGGACUGAAAAGUUAUCGAGAUCAUCUUUUUAAUUAUACAGCGUUGGCAAACAAGAAUAUAAGGAAAACGAGGAUACAGAUGAUCUUUUCUGUGGUUCAUCUGCUUCAAGUGAUAUUACAUGUUUGCCAAAUGAUAAUAGGAUAUUUUCUAAUGCUAAUAUUUAUGACUUUCAACGUCUGGUUGUGCAUCGCCGUGGUAAUUGGAACAGCAAUCGGUUAUUGGCUCUUCUCUUGGAAAAAAAUAAACAGUGACUAUGUGGAUUGCUGUUCGUGAUAAAAUGAUCGUUUUCUAAGUAGCACUAUAAUUUAAUAAUAAUUAUUUCUACCGUGGUAAUUAAUCUCCCCUCUGUAACUCUACCGACACAAUGUUAUUAAAUAUUAAUGGUUCAUUUAAUAA